AGUUGCUUAUACCACCUCUGGAUUUCACCAUGUGGCAGCUCUAUCUCUGUCUCCUAGUAGGCCUGGCUGCCAGCGAGACUGCCAAUUACGAGCCUUUCCUGAACUCUAAAAAAACAUACGAGUAUAAAUAUGAGGGAUUGGUGCGAGUGGGACGAGAACUGCCAGACUUGGUUGAGUCAGCACUGAAGCUGAGGUGCACUUUUAAAAUCAUUGGUGAAUCGACACAAACAUUCGUGCUUCAGAUCUCAAAUGUAGACGUUGAAGACUUCAAUGGCAUACCCGGGAAAAGUGCCUUCAGCCCUUCCCAAAAGCUCACUAAGCGUCUAUCUGCCGAGUUCAGCCAGCCAAUCGUUUUUGAGUUCUCCAAAGGACAAAUUACUGACAUUCGCACGGCACCUGGAGUCUCAAACGCAGUAGUAAACAUUGUGAGAGGGAUCCUUGGGUUUCUACAAGUCACAGUUAAAACCACACAAAGCUUUUACGAACUGGUAGAGUUGGGAAUUCAUGGUGUAUGUCAAAGCAGUUACACUGUUGAAGAAGACUCCAAUGCCAAAGAAUUGAUAGUGACCCAAAUGGUUGAUAUCAGCAACUGUCAACAGCCAGCUGCUUUAUACCGAGGUAUGGCUCUCGCCCCUGAAGACAAACUUAGCAAACAGAGGGGUGAGAGUGUUGUUUCAACGGUGAAACACACCUACACAGUGAAGUCCACAGCAGAUGGCGGUUUGAUCACUAAAGCAUUUGCUCAGGAGCGUCAGUACUUCUCUCCAUUCAAUGUAAAGGGAGGCAACUCCCGAAUGUUAGCAUUACGGGACAUUGAGCUUCUCAAAGUUUCAGACACAACUGACAAAAUAGUGACUGGACAGGUGCAGAGCAGAGGCAACCUAAUAUACAAGACAGAAAAGGACCUCAAACCAAUUCCCGUUGUGAUGAUCUACCUGAAUGAACCAGUGCCAAAGAUUUUAGAUUUAAUCAAGCGCCUGGCACAGGAUAACAUAUACCACAUGGACAGUGCAAGCAGCACAGAUAUUCUGAAGCUAAUUCAGUUGCUGCGUGUGGCAACACUUGACAAUCUAGAGCAGUUAUGGAAGCAAGUCUCAGUAAAUGAUGAGCACAGGAGAUGGUUUCUGGACUUGGUUGUGGAGGUAACAGAUGAGAGGAUCCUCAAAUUCCUUGAGACCAGAUUCAAAGCUGGAGACAUUACAGCGAAUGAGGCAGGACAGGCACUGAUAGUGGCAUUUAACCACUUGUCUGCUGAGCCUGUGUCAGUGGCCUUAGCUCAGGAGUUCCUGACAAUUCCUUUCGGCAAAUCCCAGCCCCUCCUGUGGAACACUGUAGUUUUGGCGUAUGGUUCUCUAGUAUACAGAUACUGUGUGUAUACUGAUCCCUGCCCCAUCACUGUGGUGCAGCCAUUGCUGGAUAUGGCUACAAGUGCCCUAAGUAAAACAUCGGAGGAGGGUAUGGUUCUUGCACUGAAGGCCUUGGGAAAUGCAGCUCAUCCCUCCAGCAUCAAGACUCUCCUGAAGUUCCUUCCAGGCUACACGGCUGGAGCUGAAAAACUUCCAACCAGAGUACAGGGUGCUGCAGUCCAGGCAUUCAGACUGCUUGCGAGCAGGGACCCCCACAGUGUACAGGAUAUUGUCUUGAACCUUUUUGUACAGAGGACUCUUCCUGCUGAAAUCCGCAUGCUGGCCUGCAUUGUGCUUUUAGAGACCAAGCCAUCCAUAGCUCUGAUCUCAGUAAUAAGUGAGGUCCUCUUAGAGGAGGCUGACCUGCAGGUUGCCAGCUUCUCCUACUCUCUACUCAAAGGCAUUGCCAAGUCCCGCACCCCUGAUAAUCAACAUCUAUCCACUGCCUGCAAUAUUGCCGUGAAGAUUCUUACCCCCAAACUUGGCCACCUGAGUUAUCGCUACAGCAGGAAUAUGCAUUUUGACUGGUUCCAUGAUGACUUAUUAUUUGGAACAUCUGCUGACAUUUAUAUGCUGCAAAAUGAAAGUCUCAUACCCACAAAACUUAUGCUUAAGGGAAAAAUACAUUUCAUUGGGAGAAUAUUGCAAUUUCUUGAGCUUGGUGUCCGUGCAGAUGGACUCAGAGAGCUGUUAGCAGGAAAAAUCCCUCAACUCAAAAAAGAUUUAGGAAUCACCGAUUUCGCCACUAUAAUCAAAAUUCUCUCUGACUGGCAGAACCUACCAAAAGACAGACCUCUGUUGACAGCAUGUGUACGCCUGUUUGGACAGGAAGCGUUUUUAAUGGAUGUAAGCGGAGACUCCAUUCAGAGCAUCAUAAAGUCAUUUAGUCCUUCUGCAGGGAAGGAGAGUAAGGUUUGGGAAAAGAUUCAAGAUGUUCAAAAAGGGACUUCCUGGCACUGGACCAAGCCACACCUUGUGUAUGAAGCUCGAUUUGUACAGCCAACUUGUCUUGGUCUCCCAGUUGAAAUCAGCAAAUAUUUUUCCAUGGUAAAUGCUGUUACAUUGAAAGCUAAAGCUGAAAUUAAUCCUCCUCCCAAGGAACAUCUGGGUGAGCUGCUAAGCUCAGACAUUUCCCUGCACACAGAUGGCUUUGCUGGAGUGACAAAAGAUCAUUUUGUGUUUCAUGGAAUAAACACAGAUCUUUUCCAGUGUGGUGUUGAGCUGAAGAGUAAGAUGGUAAUUGCCCUGCCAUGGGCAUUUGACUUGAAAUUAAACAUGAAGGAGCAAAAGCACGAAAUGAAUUUGACUCCAAGCAAAACGGUCACUGAGUUAUUUUCAGUCAAUUCUAAUGUGUUUGCUGUUCUGAGAAACAUUGAGGAUCCAACCUCAUUCAAAAUAACUCCCAUGAUGCCUGAGAAAGAGGACUCUCAACAGGGUCUGCCACUGGCCAGGAUUUUACCCACUUCAAGGGAUGAUCAGGUACAACAGCCUUCACAAUACAAAAACGAACUGGAGAUGUUUGACAAAUCCUGCAAACUAAACAGCUGUUUUCUGAGGCAGGCCGAGGACUCAGAGGUGAAAUUCAGGCAAUGUGCUGUUGCCAAGAUUUAUGGAACUGCGGUCUGCAUUGAGGCAGAGGCCAAACGAGCACACUACCUUCAUGAAUAUCCUCUGUAUUACUUCCUGGGACGUACUCGCUUUUCAUAUCAGCUUGAACCAGUUAAGGGUGCCAAACCCAUUGAAAAGAUUCAGAUUCAGGUCACUGCUGGCAAAAAACACCCUCCAGGAGUCAGUGAAUUGAUGAAUCUCAGCAACAGAGUAUUCAAGGACAUAAGAAACGAGGUCACUUCCUGUGGGGAAAACAAUUUAUCCAACUCAUUCCCAGCAUCUCAGAAUUUAGAUGCCAUUCCAGAACCUGUAGUGACAGUAAAAGCACUUGGUCUAAGUCCACCAGCAAAACCUCUGGGCUAUGAAGGUAUAGCCUUUUAUCUGCCAACAGCCCAAAGAGAUGACAUUGAAAUGAUAGUCUCUGAAGUUGGUGAAGAAGCAAACUGGAAAAUGUGUGCCAAUGCAAAUGUAGAUAAGAGUCAUUCAUCAGCAAAGGCCCAUCUCAGAUGGGGUGCAGAGUGUCAGACAUAUGAUGUAUCUAUGAGGGUUUCCGCAGCAUGCCAGCCGGAGUCUAAACCUUCCAUAUACAGCAAAAUCAACUGGGGAGCUCUGCCCUCAGUGUGCACAACAAUUGGUCAAAGAAUUCAAGAGUAUGUACCUGGCAUAUCUUACAUAAUGGGUUUCUACCAGAAAUAUGAGAAAAACCCAGAACGCCAGGCAGCUGUCACUGUUGCCGCAUCCUCACCAGAGACCUUUGACAUGAGAGUGAAAAUUCCAGAGCGAACUUUCUACAAAAAGGCAAUUCCCUCACCAGUCGAUCUCGUGGGGUUUGAAGCUGUGAACUUCACCAUGUCAGCCUAACAGCCUGGCGUUACAGAGCACUUCUGGAAGACCAACCGACAACAUAGAAAAAUGGAUAAUCAAAUGUUCUGAAUCAUUUGUACAUUUCUGAAAUUUGAUUAUUGACUGAUUUGGAUAUGCAAAGAUAUAUGCUAAAAUCAUUACUUCUGAAUUAAACUUCAAUCAAUAAAGUGUGCAUCAAGA